AUGACUUGGUUUAUGCUCCCAGUUGACAACCUGCUGUGCAGGUGUCUUGGCAUCUUCAUCACUGUGUGGCUGACGCUUGUGUUUAUCUUCAUAAUUGUGCCAGCUGUAGUUGGCGUCUCUUUUGGGAUCCGCAGACUCUACAUGAUGACACUUCUCUGGAUCUUUGAGUGGGCAACCUUACGAAUGGAGAUGGGAGCAAAGGAAAAAAAUCAACAUCUCUAUAAACCAAAUAGCAGUGGUAUCAUAGCCAAAGAACCUGCAUCAUCUUUGCAGCAGGAGAUCCAGGAGCUUCGGGGCUCUGCCAGUUGUCUGCGCUCUGAGCCGGAGUUCGAAAUGGCUGAUAUCUUCUAUUUCUGCCGAAGGGGCGUGGAGAGCAUUAUGGAUGAUGAGGUGACCAAGCGCUUUUCGGCCCAGGAGCUGGAGAGCUGGAACUUGUUGACUCGAAGCAACUACAACUUCCGUCAUAUAAGUCUGAGAGUCACUGUCCUGUGGGGUUUGGGAGUCCUCAUUCGGUAUGGCGUCCUGCUGCCCCUGAGGGUUACUCUCGCAGUCACUGGCGUUAGUCUUCUCCUAGUGCUGAGUACUUUGGUGUGCUUUUUACCGAAUAGAGAAUUUAGGUCCUACCUGAGUGAGAAGAUUCAUCUGAUGUGUUACCGCAUUUGUGUCAGAGCUCUCACAGCAAUCAUCACCUAUCAUAACAGAGAGAACAAACCAAAGAAUGGUGGUAUCUGUGUGGCCAAUCAUACAACCCCCAUUGACGUCAUCAUCUUGGCAAAUGAUGGCUACUACUCUAUGGUCGGACAGGUGCACGGAGGGUUGAUGGGAGUGGUCCAAAGAGCCAUGGUCAAAUCCUCUGCGCACAUCUGGUUUGAAAGAUCAGAAGUCAAAGACAGACACCUAGUGGCCAAGAGACUUGGCGACCAUGUUGCUGACAAAACCAAACAGCCUAUCCUUAUAUUCCCUGAGGGAACUUGCAUCAACAACACAUCAGUGAUGAUGUUCAAAAAAGGCAGCUUUGAAAUUGACUGUACUGUCUAUCCAGUUGCCAUUAAGUAUGAUCCUCGCUUUGGGGAUGCUUUCUGGAACAGCAGUAAGUUUGGUAUGGUCAACUAUCUGCUGAGGAUGAUGAGCAGCUGGGCCAUCGUCUGCAGCGUUUGGUAUCUGCCACCUAUGAACAGACAGGAAGGGGAGGAUGCAGUGCGGUUUGCCAACAGAGUGAAAGCAGCCAUUGCUGCUCAAGGAGGACUGGUGGAUCUCAUUUGGGAUGGAGGGCUGAAACGAGCAAAGGUGAAAGACGCUUUCAAAGAAGAGCAGCAAAAGCUUUACAGCAAAGUUCUUGUAGGUGACCAGGACCAGCAGGACCAAGAGAACCAAGAGAACCAGGAUGACCAAGACGACCAAGAGAACCAAGAGAACCAGGAUGACCAGGAGGACCAGGAGGACCAAGAGAACCAAGAGGACCAAGAGAACCUGGAGGACCAAGAGAACCAGGAGGUCCAAAGUGACGACACAAUUUUAGAAGAUGAAAAUCCAGAGCAGGACAAAAGCUGCCAAGAAUCAAGUGAAGGGAAAUGA